AUGUCCGAAAAAAUAAACGAGCUAAUUAAUAUUAAUAAGCUAUUGUUGUCGCGCGUUGAAGGUAAACAUGUAAUAGCACCAGCUGAUUCAAUUGUAGCAGGUCCUAACAAUAAAGCAAAUAUAAUUCCAAUAAACUUUGAUAAUCCUAAUCUCCCAUGGGGUGAUAAAUCGAGUGAGUUAGAUGACAGUGGAUUUACAGUUGUGCAGCGUCAAGUGAAGCAUCCGCGAACACCAACUGAAGUUUCGAAACUGCCUACUUUGCCCAAAGUUAUUAAGGGCAAAUGUUCUAAAGAUAAUGAACAUAUCCAAGCCAAUAAAAAGCUCAUAAAAAAAGCGGUUUACCACGUUGGAAACUUGAAAAAGUGUAGCAAACAGCGUAUAAUUGAUUUUUUGCUCAAGCACAACGUCAACACUCUGGGCUGCUUUCCGUUAUUUAAAAAGUCAGCUGAUGUCCUAAACCCACCGAAACCCACAGAAGAUUCUGAAUCUACUUCAUUCAAAAUAAUUAUAAACGUUGAUGUCGAGGAGAAAUUUUGUGAUCCUGAAAUCUGGCCGGAAGGCACGUUAAUUAGUAGAUGGGUGUUUUCGGAUCGCCCUCAACAAAACAGUUUGCGCUCGACUGUUGAAAACAGGACAGUUAUCGGCGACAUUAGUACACUUCCAAGCAAACUCAAUGAAAGUGAUGAUUCUGUUGAUAAUGUGAUCAAUACAAAUAAACCGAACAAUGGAUAG